GAAAGGGUUGAAUUGCUUAGUGUUGUUGAGGAUCAUUAUGGAGGAGUUGUCGUAAGCUUGGAGAAUCAGGAGCCUGUGGAUUCUGAGCUCUUCUUCAAUGAACAUAUUGGAAGCUUCAAUGAACAAUUGGAAGCAACAGAGAAAGAAAGGGUCUGGCUCAAAUUGCCCAUACUGCAUUCAAAUCUUGUUCAUACUGCUGUCAAGAAUUCGGAUUCUGUUGGACAACUCAAAAUGGGCAUAUAUGAGAGGCAUCACAGAAGCAAAACAGAAAAUCAGAAGGAGGAAAACUGCCUCAUGGUUAAGAGAGUCUGUAUUGCAGCUUGGUCCAACUUUCAUUAAACUUGGUCAGUUGUCAUCAACAAGGUCGGAUCUGUUUCCACGUGAAUUUGUGGAUGAGCUCGUAAAAUUGCAGGACAUGGUUCCUGCCUUCUCUCCUGAGAAAGCAAGAAAAUUUAUUGAGAGUGAAUUAGGAGCUUCCAUUGACAUGUUAUUUAAAGAGUUUGAAGAUCGACCAAUUGCCGCUGCUAGUCUCGGUCAGGUUCAUCGUGCUAUUCUGCAUAAUGGAGAAAAAGUAGUAGUCAAAGUUCAAAGGCCAGGUCUGAAGAAGCUUUUCGACAUUGAUUUGAAAAACUUAAAACUGAUCGCAGAGUAUUUCCAGAGAAAUGAAGCUUUUGGGGGUCCACUCAGAGAUUGGAUUGGAAUAUAUGAAGAAUGUGCAACGGGACAGUUUUGGACAGCCAUGCUCUUAUUUUACAACCUUGUCAUGUCAAGAAUGAUGCACAGAAACAAAAGACAAUUGAGAAGGAUAAGAGUUCAACAGAGAAGGAUCUAAGACGAUUGUUUAGCCCCUUUGGCCAGAUUAAAAGCUUAAGGUUGCCAAUGAAGUUUGGAAGCCAUAGAGGCUUUGCUUUUGUAAAGUAUGUUAAUCAGCAGGAGGCACAAAAUGCUCUCAAAGCACUUUCAAGCACCCAUCUCUAUGGGAGACAUCUG